GCUUUAGGUCCUUUAGAAAACUUUCUGGAUCAUCCAGCGAUGCGAUCGAGAAAUCGCAGGAUUUUCUUUCUUUUAACCAACAACCCCAGCUCUAGACCAGGGAAGUCUGUAAAUAGGUUGGAAGCAUGGAAAAUAAUUCUUCACCUUCAGAUCUAAAUACAUAAAAACCAUCUGUUUGACCACAAUGAAAUCAUUAGGAACUGUCUACUUAAAGAGUUGUAUUGAAUGCUUAUCCUUCCACACAGGAAAUGUGUAUGCAUUUGGAGGGUGACGAUGCUCCAGUAAUUUUCUCCGCUCCGUUCCCAGGCAUCGCUUUGCUUUCCUUCCAGGGAAGAUCGUUUCACUUGUGAUCCUGCUGAGGAAAGAGACUCCGAUGGACUUACACCGAGCAGCAUUCAAGAUGGAGAACUCACCCUAUCUCCCCAACCCGCUGGCCUCCCCAGCACUGAUGGUUCUCGCCUCCACCGCCGAAGCCAGCCGUGAUGCUUCCAUUCCCUGCCAGCAGCCGAGGCCUUUUGGGGUCCCUGUGUCAGCAGAUAAGGACGUGCAUAUUCCCUUUACCAAUGGCUCAUAUACUUUUGCCUCCAUGUAUCACCGGCAAGGCGGGGUGCCGGGAGCGUUUGCAAACCGUGACUUUCCUCCCUCCUUGCUUCAUCUCCAUCCCCAGUUUGCACCCCCCAACCUGGACUGCACCCCGAUCAGUAUGUUGAACCACAGCGGUGUUGGGGCUUUCCGCCCCUUUGCAUCUACUGAAGACCGGGAGAGCUACCAGUCAGCCUUUACGCCGGCCAAGCGCCUGAAAAACUGCCAUGACACUGACUCGCCCCAUCUGCGCUUCUCGGACGCUGAUGGGAAGGAGUAUGAGUUUGGCACGCAGCUCCCCUCCAGCUCCCCCGGCUCUCUCAAAGUUGAUGAUACGGGGAAGAAGAUCUUUGCUGUUUCUGGCCUCAUUUCUGACCGGGAGACCUCAUCCAGUCCCGAAGACCGAAGUGACAGAUAUAGAAGCGACAACCAAAGAGGGCCCCAGGCGUCUGCAACUGCCACUCAUCGUAUGAUUUUAACUCUCCCCCUCUGCAAAAAGAAAGCAACUUUGUUUGACAGCCAGGCUCCGAUCUGCCCCAUCUGCCAGGUCCUCCUUCGCCCUGGGGAGUUGCAGGAGCACAUGGAGCAGGAGCUGGAGAAGCUCACCCAGCUGAACAUCAGCAAGAGCUCCAUCCUGAAGGAUGCCAUGGCAGCGGGCACCCCCAAGUCAAUUUUGUUGUCGGCCUCAAUCAAGCGGGAAGGAGAUUCUCCGACAGCAUCACCCCACUCCUCAGAUGACAUCCAUCACUCGGACAGAUACCAGACCUUCCUGCGGGUGCGAGCGAACCGGCAGACCCGGCUGAACGCUCGGAUUGGAAAAAUGAAACGGAGGAAGCAAGACGAAGGGCAGGUAUGUCCCCUCUGCAGCCGACCUCUGUCAGGAUCCGAGGAGGAGAUGAGUAGGCAUGUGGAACAAUGCCUUGCAAAGAGAGAAGGUUCAUGCAUGACUGAGGAUGACUCUGUGGACAUCGAGAAUGAGAACGGCAACCGCUUUGAAGAGUACGAAUGGUGUGGGCAGAAGAGGAUACGGGCUACUACUCUCCUGGAGGGAGGAUUUCGAGGUUCUGGGUUUAUCAUGUGCAGUGGCAAGGAGAAUCCAGACAGCGACGCUGACCUGGAUGUGGAUGGAGACGACACACUUGAAUACGGGAAACCACAGUACACAGAGGCAGACGUUAUCCCUUGCACUGGGGAAGAGCCAGGUGAAGCCAAAGAGAGGGAGGCGCUCCGAGGUGCUGUUUUAAAUGGUGGCACACCCAGUACUCGAAUAACACCGGAGUUUUCUAAAUGGGCUAGCGACGAAAUGCCCUCGACGAGUAACGGUGAAAGCAGUAAACAGGAGACCAUGCAGAAGACCUGUAAGAACAGUGACAUUGAAAAAAUUACAGAAGACUCUGCAGUGACAACAUUUGAAGCGUUAAAGGCUCGUGUCCGUGAGUUAGAAAGGCAGCUUUCCCGUGGGGACCGCUAUAAAUGUCUCAUUUGCAUGGACUCCUACACAAUGCCCCUGACUUCCAUUCAGUGCUGGCACGUGCACUGUGAAGAAUGCUGGCUGCGGACUCUGGGUGCCAAGAAGCUCUGUCCCCAGUGUAACACCAUCACGUCUCCCGGAGACCUUCGGCGCAUCUACUUAUGAAGGACCCAGCGGGAGGGCGGGACCCAGCUACUCGGCUCAGCUCAUCACACCAAGGGGGAGAAGAACGACAGCAACAACAACAACAGCAACAACAAAAAAAAGACGUUUUAAAAUUUAAAGGAAACAAACAAAAAAAACACAGAGACUCCAGACAUGGACUCGAGGAUACAGGAGCAGUGGGGAGCCUCAGGUCCCGCAUGUUGAGACCUCCUUCAGCAUCUGCAGCGGGCAAAACCAAACCCUUUGUUGUGAAGCCCCCUUUUUUAAAACCAGUAUUCCCCAUCCACCCGUUCCCUGGAGCUGGCUUUGCAUCGCGGAUGGCUCAUGAGCCCUCCUUUGGACUGUGUUGUUGACCACUCUGCCCCCAGGAGACUGGGGAAGGGACCCUUGACAGAAAGAUGUUAAAUAACCUGUAACUUGUGUUCUUUGUUCAGUUUUUUUGUUUUGUUUUUAUUUUGGUUUGGUUUUUGGUUUGGUUCUGUUUUGGUUUUUUGUGGUGUUCUAGUGAUAAAAAAAGGUUUAAAGAAAAAAAAAAAAAAACACACCCAGGCAGAAAUGAAGCACAUGUAAUAUAGAUUAUAUAUGUUUACAAUGUUGUGUAUAAAUGGGAUAGACUCAAACAUUACAUACUAAUAAGUUUCCCUUUCUUUUUUUUGGGUUGUAUUUUUUUUAAAGAAGAAAAAAAAUGAACAGAGAACAUUAAACCCAUAUUUUUCUUGGUUCAGCAAAGUUUUGGCAUUAAAGUCAUUAGUUUAAAAAAAGUAUAUAUAUACAUAUAUAUAAUAUAAAUGGUUUAAUGUUCUGUGGUGUAUAUUUCCUCAUUCAGAUAUGAAGUUAACAGCUUUUAGUAAUGGCUGUAGCAUUGCCCAUAACUUACAGAACUUAUGGGGAGUAGAGGAGGUGGAUUUUUGUCAUUAGUUGUAGCUAAUGGGGCUAUUUAUAAUAGAAUCGUUAUCCCCGGAAAGACACGGCUUUUAACUCCUCGCCGGGGGACCAGGCAGGGCGGGGGGGGGGGAUCUGGCUCAGCCCCCUUUGCCUUUCCCAGCCGGGGAAGGGGCAAACGGUGCGGAGCUGGGGGGGAGGCAGCCUGGCAGAGCGCUGCCCCCCGGCCCGGCCGGGGCCGCCUGCUCGAGGGUCUGCCCGGCCCCCUCCUGCCUGCUCCAGGGCCGGAGCCCCGGCCCCUGCCUGGCUUUGCUUCCCCCUCCUCCGGCAGCAUUUGCUGGCUGAGGAUGCCCGAGCUGCUCCGGGUGCCCGGCGCUGCGGCAGGGCGGCGGGGACGGGACGGCCCUGCUGCGGCGCCUUUGCCCGGAGGGGCCCGGCCGGUUCCUGCGUGGUGCUGCCCGGCAGAGACACCCCGGCCCUGCCCGGCGCCCGCUCUCCCGGAGCCUGCGUUUUGCAAAAGAGGUUUUGGCACUAGGGCAGAGCGCCGACCCCGUCUCAUCCCCAGGGCUUGCCCGCCGGUGGAGCGGGCAGAGGUGCUUCCAGCCGGAGCCAGAGGUUCCCCGCAGCCCCGGCUUCUUCCACGCAGUCCCUCGUGCUAGGCCCUGUCUCCCAUAUCCUCAGCCUUAACCAAAGCUGCCGUCUGGCCUGGACCUUUUGUCGAUUUUUCUUUUAUUUUCAGGACCCAAGAAGCAGAUACUGAUCCAUUUCCCGAGGUGAACGCAUGCCCCGUGUGCUGACUUGCCCCAGCUCCCCCGGCCGCCGUGGGGUGCCGGCUCCCUGAAGCCAGAAGACAGGGAGAUGGGGAAGCUCAUCUCCCCCUGCUCCUGCAGGAUCUUUCCAAGCAGUUCCCACCUGGCAGCACAACGUGGUUGGGGCAUUUUAAGAUAGUCUGAAAACAGCAGUGGUUGAGGGGUUUGGAGCCGGGACCCCAGUGUUCCUGGGCUGCUGGGGUGUUGCUGGAGGAAAGGGCUGGGGAGGCAGGAUGGGUGUGCCGGUCCCAUCACCACUGCUCUGCCCUGAGCGUGAUGCUGUCCUUGGUGUCUCCCGAGUGAUUCCAGAAGGAUCCUGCUGCACCAAAAAAAAAAAAAAAAAAAAAAAAAAAAAGUUGAAGGAGUUGUAUUUUACAAGCGUCUUGGCAAAAAAAUGACAAUUCCUAAUUGAGAGUUUCCCAGGUCUCCAAGCUCACAGCAGUGUGGUGGCUUCUGAGACCAGAGAGCGGCAGCUCCCCUGCUCAAGGGUGCAUCCCUGCAGAGCCCCCGGGGACCAGCAGAAGCCGAGGUACCCCGGGAGGGUCCUGCCUCCCCGGGGAGGCUGUGGGCAGGGGAAGGGGCUGCAGCGGUGGGCGGUCACUGGUGGGCAACCCUUCAGGCAGGGGAAGGGCAGGCACGCAGAACUCGGGUCUGGAUUUGUAAAGGGGGAAAAAUUGAGGGGCAGGGAGGUGGGGGGGAUGGCUGGCUGGGCUGUGAGUGCCACCCAGCCAGGGCUGCAGUGCCUGGGUGCCGGCACUGAGGGCUCAGAGAUGGAUUUGGAGGGGGAACAGUGGGUGAGUGUGAGAGGCAGCCGGGAAGGGGAGAAGGCAGGACACCCCACCCCAGCCCUUCCCUGGAAAUAGGCCCCAGGAGGGAGCCAGACUUUCUGGCGGGUGUUGUGGACCAGCUGUGUACUCUAUGUACGUAUGUGUAAAACCAUAUGUAACUAGUCAUUGGUUCUUUGUUUUGGGGGUUAUUUUUUGUUUAUUUUUUUUUUUGUUUUAAUUGUAAAGCCAUCCCCUAUUUUCAAGGGGGGGGCGCUGCAGGGGGAAGGCUGGGGAGAGAGGCAUCCCGGUUUGUAACAGGCAUCCGCCACUUCCCUCUUCUGUAAUAAGUUUAAAUGAUUUAAAAAAAAAAAAAAAAAAAAAAAAAAAAUUGAAAUAUUGGAGUUACCUAUCUUUGCCCAAAGAAUCCCAGUUGCACAAAGCGAUAUUCCGGUGUGUCGAUGAUUGUGUGUCAGUGUAUAUUAUACAAAGAGGUACUUGUCACUCCCGUUUGUAAACUACAUUUGACAUUAAUUAAACAAGUAUAAAUCUUC